GUUACAUAUUGGAAUUCAUACGUUACUUAUACAAUUCUUGGGAUUAUUCGUGACAGCUGAUUGCUCAUGGUUGAAGAUAGUAGGGGUCUCGGUGAUUCCGUUGGACGGCAGUACUUUGGUGAUAGCGUCGUUGAUAGUUCAUUUUAUUCGGACAACAUUAAGACAAAUGUUUUCAACUUUAUGGGAGAAUUUAAACCGAACGUCCAUGACGUUAGUGAUUCCAUCAAGCCGCCUCACACAUCGGAAAAACGAAAACGAACGAGUCCUGUUUCGGAUAAUGUUAUACCCCACAAAUACUACCUCUGUGAAACGGCUAUGGCAAAUCAUUUUGCUCAAAUGAAUCUAACCUUACCGGUCGACGCAUCCAAAAUUCAAGGUGAUUGCAACUCACCUUUGUUUGGUGAUUCGUCUUGCUUUCCACUUGACUCAAGUCAGAUUGCUUCCGCUCAUCACUUGUAUCAAAACUUGUCAUUGCACACUAACAAAGAAGCGGGUGUUAUUACUAUUAAUGACGAUGAGGAUAUUGAUGAAGAUGCGCAAAUCGAAAGAUCACCUUUACGAUUUUCAAAUGAUUUGAAAGAUCACUUAAGAUUUAAACGAAUGAAUCCAACAGAUACGUUCCUAAGAGGACUGCUUUCAUCUGAACCGUCACUCGCGAUAGUGCCGUUUAAUCCUGAUCCCCUUAAAGGUUUACUUCCGCCUAAUUUCUCAGAUCAAGAGUCAAGUGAAGAAAACUCGGACUCUAAAGUGUUACCAGAUAGUCAAGUGCUCGAUUCAUCUACUGUCUUCCCUACCAAUUCCUCUACAUUUGGUAACGUUUUGUGUAUGGAUAUCGAUUCAGAUUUCACGGGAUAACAAAAACAGUCUGGUUUUUAUUUGAAACUUCAACAGUUCCCAACUAAAUUUGGCCAUUGAGUCAAAAUUAUAACUACCUGUUAAUCGUGUAAGAGAUAAUCUCUUUUGUGAUUCUUUUUCAUUGAAAUAAUUGAUAUGUUUUUACUCACAUAUGAAAUGUAUUUCAUUUAAUUGUUAUCUUCAUUUCUUGACAAAUUAUAAAGAAACUGUUCACAUUGUACAUUAUUGUCAUUUCCUAACGAAGUCUACCCCUGCAUAUUCAGCUCCUUCACUUAGCAUUUGCACACACAUAUCGAGUGGUUUAAUAUAGUGGAUAGUCCAUGCAUUUUCUGAUGUUACUGUAUUAAUGAACAAGACCUUUGAAGAUUACAGCACACCUUGCCUUUGAUUGUUAUCUUUAUCAUUUGUUGGAUAUAUAUUGUUUAUAUCUUUUACAAUGUAUAAGAUAUGCUGUACUGAUUUUUUAUUGUAGUGCACGUAUAUAUUGUUGGUUUUUUUCAAUAUUUAUUGGUGUACUCAUUGUAUAUGAACACUAUAUUUUCUAGAUUUCUUUCUGUUUAGAUAGAAAUAUAUCAAGUUUUUGCAGCGCAA